UUCCUUUAAGAAACAACCAAAAAAAAGGUCACAAUCAACGUUUUCCUUUUGAAGGUCUCUUUUGAAAACUUAACUUGGUACAGAAGCUAAAAUAUCUGUUGCGACACUGUUUUUCUUUCAGAGAAGAAGAUACUAAAAAUUACUAGGAAUUGCCUUUAGGUAAAAGUGAAUACACAAAACUAUUGAAUGAAUUCAGCUUGUCUUUACUCUUAGAUUGAAUUUGCUACUGUAACCCUUUAUGGAUAUGCUCCAAAUCCAAGAAUACAAAUGAAUUUCUAUCUACUAGGUACAUCAUAGGCCAUAGGAUGUCUCUUGCCAGGGGUGAUGGUUUUCUGGAAACAUAAUUUCCAUAAUCAUGCUUUGCUUAUUUUGCUUCCGGUAUUCUGGGGCCCAAGGAGCCACUUUAUUUGCCUGGCAUCUGGGAGGAAGGUGUGUCAUAAGAAUGCAGUUUGGAUGACUUGUUCACCAGUGGAAGAAGAGUAAAUGCGUAUUUAUUCUUCUUAUUUUAUUGGUGGCAUUAAAACAACUAUUGCUGGCCCCAUAAACAUGCAUAAUGUGCUCCAGAAAAUGACAAGUGGGGAUCCUAACAUCACUGUUAAUAUGUACAAAUUAAUUCUUAAAGUUUGUAUCAAUCUACCAAGAUCUUUGAUUAAUGGUUUUUCCUGACACACUUUUUUUCCCCUUCUCUCCCUCCUCUUAAGCUGGAAAAUAAAUCCAAAGGGAAGCCUCGAAAGCAGAUAUGCCAAGUUGUUCUGGAUCAUUUUGAAAAGCAGUACACAAAGGAAUUGGGAGAUGCGUGGAUCAGAAUCAGACUGGAAAAUAAAAACAAGCUUUUCUGCUUUUUCAACUUCUAAUCAAUUUCUCAGCUCAGUAAACCAGUCCAAAUGAAGAAAAUAUUUUGUUUGCACUUGCAGAAGAGGCUACUGGAUGUGUUCACAUCACCACUGUUCUGGCAAUAUGGUGUCCUACUGAAUAAAUUCAGCUAUUCCUCUGAGCUGGAGAACAACUUGCAUCUGAAGGGAUAUUAUAAUCUCUUUCAAGAAACCUUGCCCCAUCUUAAGGGGUUGUUGAAGUGUUACAUCAGUAGAAUUCCUGGGAGGUUCCCUGCACAAAAGCACCAGAUUGGUAAACUGAAGGAAUAUUAUCUGCUGAAUGCUGCUUCUCUUCUGCCAGUACUGGCACUGGACAUAAAAGAUGGGGAAGAGGUUUUGGAUAUGUGUGCUGCUCCUGGGGGUAAAUCAAUAGCUAUGCUACAGUGUGCAUAUCCAGGUCAUUUUCACUGUAAUGAGUAUGAUAUUUUGAGAUCAAGGUGGUUGAAACAGACAGUAGAAUCCUUCAUCCCCGAAUCCUUGCUGAAUAUAAUUACUGUCUCUGAAUUGGAUGGGAGACAGAUUGGAGAGCUCCAUCCUGAAUCAUAUGAUAAGAUAUUGGUUGAUGCCCCCUGCUCAAAUGACAGAAAUUGGUUGUUUUCAUCGGAUGUACAGCAGGCAAGGCUUAGACUAAUUCAGAGGAAGGUGUUAUCUGCUGUACAGAUACAGCUGCUAAGGUCUGCUAUUAAAGCCUUGCGUCCUGGAGGAACACUGGUCUAUUCUACAUGCACCCUCUCAAAGGCAGAAAACAGUGACGUCACAACCCAAAUCCUAAACUCCUGCAGCAAUAUUCUGCCUGUAGACAUAAGAGAAAUGGCUAGUGCCAUUUCCCAUGAGUUUGCUCUUGCCAGCAGUGCCCAGCAAUAUGAACUGUUAGUCCUCCCAGAACGGGGGAAAGCGUGGGGACCAAUGUAUAUAGCUAAACUAAAGAAAACUUAGCGUGUGUGCUUUGUAUGAGCCUUUUGUAAGUCACAUUGACAACUUUUUUUUUAAACACAUGCGAUUGUAUGUAUAUGAACUGUAGCAAAUGUUAACAAGGCAAUGUGGACUAAGUAGCUUAGAUUUAGAGCUGUGAAAGAAUGCCCCAGACAUUCUGAAAUGAGAAAUUUGAGAUUUAAUUGGGGAAUGGGCCAAUACUCAGGUAUGGUCUGAGCCUGCAACUGGUUCUGUUCAGCAGAGAGUGCUGGAAUUAUGUGAGGUCCUGCAAGGUGGUUGCAAGACUUUGUUUUAUGAGGUAUAAUUGUAAAAUAGAGUCCUUUCUUAAGUGCUUCAUAAAGUGCUAUAGUUGAUAGGAUUUCUCCCCUUUCCCCUGAACCCCACCCUUUAAAUGCAACAAAUUUUCAAAAUAAAUUGCUGUGAAAAAC